AUGCUGAGGGCAAGUUCCAGCUUUGAGCUUUUCGGUUUGGGCUGUCCGGGCGAGGAGGAUGUGGCGACCUCCCUGGGAGCCCUUGCUGCCUGUUUCUUUUCUCAUAGGCAGAUAGCUUCCCCACCGUCGUUUGCGACUCACUUGUUGGACCCUCCACUGCGGGGGAAACAGCUCACACGCCCUCUGCACCUCACCACAUCUCCACUCACCUCCGCGGCAUCUGCUGAGUCGGCAGACAAAGGACCAGCUGCUCCAAACCACACAGCUGCUCUCCUGCCCGGCCGACUGGUGGAAUCUCAGCCUUUCGCGCCGGCCCCGGCAUCGUCAAAGAAGCGACGCGCGCGCCGCCGGCACUCUUCACUGCAGCCGGAUUUCCGGACUUCUCAACAGUCGGCUGUGGUGAGUCAUUUGGACAAUUUUUCUUUACACACCCCAUCUGCCAACUCUACCUCGGACUGUGUGAAUGCUAAUGCUGUGACCCAGCUGUUAGCACGACCUGAAGCCGUAGCACAGCGCGUAACUCAGUCUGCUGCCCAGCACGAAACUCAGUCUGCUGCCCAGCACGAAACUCAGUCUGCUGCCCAGCACGAAACUCUGUCUGCUGCCCAGCACGAAACUCUGUCUUUAGUCCAGUCAGCCUUUCAUCCUCGUCCUCAGUUGGAGGUCGAUAUGUCUGCUGGACCUACUCUGCCACCAUUUCACCAGUCUGUUGUUCCUGCAUCGCUGUCCAGUCGACCACGAGUAGCUGCCACACCAUCAUCGCCUCCGCCCUCAGCAGCUACUUCUCCACCAGCGUCCCAUCAGAUUGCAGCGACCGCGCAGCGCCGCUGCCGGAGGGGCAGCUCAGCGAGCCCGAGCGGGAGCUCAGCGAGCGGGGGGAGCCCGCGUCGCAGCCGGAGGAGGAGCUCGGCGAGCGGGGGAGCCCGCGUCGCAGCCGGAGGAGGAGCUUGGCGAGCGGGGGAGCCCACGUCGCAGCUGGAGGAGGAGCUCGGCGAGCGGGGGGAGCCCGCGUCGCAGCCGGAGGAGGAGCUCGGCGAGCCGGAGGAGCCCGCCUCGCCGACUGUGGAGCUCAGCGAGCCGGAGGAGCUCAGCGAGCCGGAGGAGCCCGCCUCGCCGACUGUGGAGCUCAGCGAGCCGGAGGAGCUCAGCGAGCCGGAGGAGCUCAGCGAGCGGGAGGAGCCCGCCUCGCCGACUGUGGAGCUCAGCGAGCCGGAGGAGCUCAGCGAGCCGGAGGAGCUCAGCGAGCGGGAGGAGCCCGCCUCGCCGACUGUGGAGCUCAGCGAGCCGACUGUGGAGCUCAGCGAGCCGGAGGAGCCCGCCUCGCCAACUGUGGAGCUCAGCGAGCCGGCAGAGCUCAGCGAGCGGAGGGAGCCCGCACCACCUGAGGAGGAGCUCUGUGAGCCAGAGCCGGAAUUCGGCGAGCGGGAGGAGCGGCUACCGUCAAGAGAGGGGCCCGGCGGGCCGGAGAAGCGCGCACCGCCUGAGCUGGAGCUGCAGGGGCCGGAGCUGCAGCAGGAGCAGGAGCUCGGAGAGCGAGAGGAGUGCCCGCCAUCGAGAGAGGGGCUCGGCAGGCCGGAGGAGCACGCACAGCCAUCGGAGGUCGGCGGGCGGGAGGAAUCCGAUCAGCCUACGCGGGGGUCAGUGUGCAGGGUCCACGCCCUCCACGCCGUCCACGUCCGGCGCGCCCUCCACACCAUCCACAUCCAGCGCGUCCACGUCAGCGACCAGCGCGUCAUCGCCCAUGUGCCACACCUCGCUGUUGCUCACUGGAGCGCCGCCGCCGCCACUGGACCCGGGGCAAGCCGCCAGAGGAGCAGCAGCGCCGCUGCCGCCGUCACUGGACCCGGAGAAGGUCACCGGAACCGUUUCGCCGCCGCCACUGGACCCGGGGCAAGCCGCCAGAGGAGCAGCAGCGCCGCCGCCACCGUCACUGGACCCGGAGAAGGCCACCGGAACCGUUUCGCCGCUGCUACCGGACCUGCGGCAGGCCGCCUGAGCUGAAGCUUCACCGCCACUGGAUCAGUGGCAGGCCCCCUGAACUGUUUUGUCGUUGCUACCGGACCCAUGGCCGUCUGCCGGAGGUCCAGCGUUCCCUCCGAUGGACUAGAGGUAGGCCUCCGGAACUGUUUUCUGCCUCUGCUUGCCCACAGUAGAUCUCACCUGUUUUGCCGCCCACCAGGUCGGUUGCCAGAACUAUGUCCGCUGCCAUUAGGGCUGGGGUUGGACUAAUGAACUGACGUGUUCCUUUUUGUUGUUUAGUGGAGUUGUUGGAGUGGUUUUGGGGCCCUCCGUCCUGGACCCCCCACCGCCCGCCCUGGGUUGGUUGUACUGUGGUUUUUGGUUUUUGUGUUUUUGUUUUAGGGUCGUCGGGAGUCGACCCUUAGAGGGGGGGUACUGUCACGGACCCGGUUCCGGGGACUCGGGGUCCGUGAACAGUGUGGACCUUUAUUAUUAUUAUCAUUAUCAUUAUUGUUAUUAUUGGAUGUAUGUUUGCGGCACUGUGCUCUUGUGUUCCAUGCUGGUGUGUGUUCGUGUGUGUGUCUACAGGUGUGGCUGGAGGAUGAAGGACAGCCACCUGCAGGCCUGAUGGGUGCGGUCCUGCCGGCUGCUGGACACGCCUAUGUUCCCACACACCUGCUUCUGAUCAGGCUCGUCGGGGGAGCUACAUAACAGAGCGAUGGGGCUUCCUCCGGCGCAGGAUCGUUGAGUUAGACUCCAUGAGAGUGGAACACGGGACUGCAGGACGCACGGGGUGUGCGUAGGCACAGAAGCAGAGAGCACGAAAUACCAGCACUUGGGAGAAGGCACAACACAGGAGUUGAGGGAGCACUCUGGAGAAUUAUUGUGUGGUGUACAUUUACCCCCACUGUAAAUAAAUGCACUGCUCAUUCCACUAAGUCCAGCGUUUGGGUCCUAUCUCCAUCAUUCCCCACGGUCUGCCUGCCAGACCGUGACAGAAACAAAACCUAAAGUGGAGAAACAAAAUACCUCUCACAACCCAUGCAGCUCACCAUUCAUACCUCAACAUAACUAUAACACCACAGCCAGCAUUUCAAAUCCAGCAGAGCCCUUUGCCCAAUACAUGGCACGUCAAGAUUUAAUAAUCUCAGGCCUUUACCAGUUCGACGAUAGGCCAGAGAACUACAGAGCAUGGUGCUCUUCGUUUACCAGUGCAACAGCCGAGGUCCAACUCACCCCCAUUCAAGAGCUAGAUCUCAUGACGAAGUGGUUAGGGAGGGAGUCAAGUGAUCAGGUGAAACACAUACGUUCAGUAUAUGUCAACAACCCCACAUUAGCGCUAUACAAAGCAUGGGAAAGACUGAAUGAAUGUUAUGCAGCAUCAGAAAUAAUCGAAAGGUCACUUUUCCAACGGUUGGACAGUUUCCCAAAAAUAACAGUCAAAGAUCAUGUCAAGCUACGUGAACUAGGAGAUUUACUGCAAGAGAUUCAAGGCGCUAAGGAAGACGGCCAUCUGCCUGGUCUACUCUAUCUGGACACUUCUCGUGGAAUUAGCCCAAUCGUAGACAAACUCCCAUAUGGACUUCAGGAGAGGUGGAUGUCACACGGCUCUCAAUAGAAAGAGAACAACCAGGGCUGUUUCCCACCCUUUGAGUACUUCUGUGAAUUAUUAUGUAAAGAGGCAAAGAAACGCAAUGAUCCAAGUUUCCACCAGCAAAACUUAAAACCAGAAAAACCUUUUGCAAAAAACUUAAAUUCCAGCAAACCAAUUAUGGUACACAAAACCAAUAUUCCUCCCCCUAACAAGGACUUUGACCGGAACUGCCCACUGCAUAACAAGCCACACCCGCUCAAAAGAUGCAGAACAUUUAGGAAUAAACCACUGGACGAAAGGAAGGCCUUCCUCAAAGAGAAAGGAAUAUGCUUCAGAUGCUGUUCUUCAGACACUCAUCUUGCGAAGGAAUGCAAAUCAUCAGUAAAGUGUUCUGAAUGUGACAGCACAAGUCACGACGCAGUCAGGGAUCCUGGUCCUCCACCACAGACCAACAAGGCUCCACCUCCGGCACAAGAGAAUGGCGGGGAGAGAGAAAACAGUCACGACACGGUUGAUGUCACAACAAGCUGCACAGACGUGUGCGGUCCAGGUCAGUGGGGACGUUCAUGUUCCAAGAUAUGUCUUGCAUGGGUGUACCCUAAAGGUUACAAGGACAGAGCUGUUAAGGCAUAUGUAAUACUAGACGAUCAGAGCAAUCGUUCUUUAGCCAAG